GAAGCUGGAGUGUGAGAAGCUGGCCAGUGAGAAGACUGAGAUGCAAAGGCACUACAUCAUGUACUAUGAAAUGUCCUACGGGCUCAACAUUGAGAUGCACAAGCAGGCGGAGAUUGUCAAGCGUCUCAGUGCCAUCUGUGCUCAGAUCAUCCCUUUCCUCUCUCAAGAGCACCAGCAACAGGUGGUCCAAGCAGUGGAGAGAGCAAAGCAGGUCACCAUGGCAGAACUCAAUGCCAUUAUUGGGCAGCAGCAGCUCCAGCACCUGUCUCACCAUGCACCUGGCAUCCCCCUGACGCCGCACCCAUCAGGCCUGGCCCUGGGUGCAGGGGGCUCAGGGCUUCUGGCCCUGACUGGGGCUUUGGGAGUCUCAGCUCACCUUGCAUCCAAAGAUGAGCGCAACCACCUUGACCCUGAACAUCUUCGAGAGGGAGCACCCAGCAGGAGUAAGUCGGUGUCAUCGACGGACAGUCAGCCCACUGAGGAGCGGCAGGGCCCGUCAGGAGGCUACUCCUCGUCACAGGGAGGGGCUGAGGCCAAGAGGAGGCGCUGUGAUGAUAAGGAGUCCCUCCCACCACACUCCUAUGACAGCGAUGGAGACAAAAGUGAAGACAAUCUUGUGGUGGACGUUUCCAAUGAGGAGCCAAACUCUCCUGCAGGCAGCCCUCCUCACUCCCCCCACGGGAACGGCUUAGACCGGGCUCCUGCUUUAAGGAAAGAGCUCCCGGGCUCCUCGAGCACAGGAGAGGCCCCCUCCACCCCAAACCCCCGCAGCCCCACCCCAGGCAAGACCAAGGACCCUGCUCAGGUGGACAAGUCCCAGUCUCCACUGUCUAAGUCUGGCACCCCAUCCCCUGCCCACCGUGAGGCCCUGACCCCUGGAGCACCAGGAGCCCCCGGAGGCCCUGGCCCCAGCACGUCCUGCCUUCGUCUGGUCAGCAAAGCAGCAACGAGUGCAGAUCCCCUUGCUCUCCGCAGUCCCAUGUCUGUGCCCCCUGGUUCAUACCCGGCUCAUUUUGGCGUGGUGUCCCACGCAGGGCUGAAUGGGGAGCUGGCCAGCCCUGGAGGAUUCGGCGGGGCUCUAACUCUCUCCCCACAAAUCAGUGCAGCGGCCAGCGCCUACUCCCGAAGCCCCAUGGUGGCGUAUGACUCUCGGUCUCACCUGAGAGCGCCGGGUCUGACCUCCUCCCUGCCUGGCUCCUCUGGUGGAAAGCCCGCCUACUCAUUCCACGUGAGCGCUGACGGUCAGAUGCAGCCGGUGCCCUUUCCCCCCGACGCCUUGCUGGGCCCGGGAAUCCCUCGCCAUGCGCGACAGAUUCACACCCUGAGCCACGGAGAGGUCGUGUGUGCAGUCACGAUCAGCACCUCGACGCGCCACGUCUACACUGGAGGAAAAGGCUGCGUCAAGGUUUGGGACAUCAGCCAGCCGGGCAGCAAGAGCCCCAUGGCCCAGCUGGACUGUCUGAACAGGGACAACUAUAUCCGCUCCUGUAAAAUCCUCCCUGACGGGCGAACCCUGAUUGUCGGCGGGGAGGCCAGCACGCUGUCGAUCUGGGAUCUGGCCACACCCACACCCCGCAUCAAGGCGGAGCUGACGUCGUCUGCCCCUGCCUGCUAUGCCCUGGCCAUCUCCCCUGACAACAAGGUCUGCUUCUCCUGCUGCAGCGACGGCAACAUCGUCGUCUGGGACCUUCACAACCAGACGCUGGUCAGGCAGUUCCAGGGCCACACAGACGGAGCGAGCUGCAUCGACAUCUCCAACGACGGCACCAAGCUGUGGACGGGAGGACUGGACAACACAGUGCGCUGCUGGGACCUGAGAGAGGGACGCCAGCUCCAGCAGCAUGACUUCACCUCACAGAUCUUCUCUCUGGGCUACUGUCCGACAGGCGAGUGGCUGGCUGUUGGAAUGGAGAGCAGUAAUGUCGAAGUCCUGCACGUCUCCAAACCUGACAAGUACCAGCUGCACCUCCACGAGAGCUGCGUGCUCUCCCUCAAGUUCGCCUACUGUGGCAAGUGGUUCGUGAGCACAGGAAAAGACAAUCUGUUGAAUGCAUGGAGGACGCCAUAUGGAGCGAGUAUUUUCCAGUCCAAGGAGUCCUCAUCUGUGUUAAGCUGUGACGUCUCCCCGGACGACAAGUACAUAGUGACGGGCUCUGGGGACAAGAAGGCCACGGUGUACGAGGUGGUGUACUAAGGGCCGCGACGAGAUGACAAGAGACAGGACGGAGACGUUGGGGUCGCGGUGGGGAGGUGGAGGAGGAGGCGCACCCAGUCGCACCGCCAGCCGGUCCCAAUCCCCAUUACAUCACCAGCAGGAGCCCCUCUGUCUCAGUCCUCUUGAGUCCUUCCGACCCUCACCCCUAAUACAUCACCCCCUUUUGUGCUGUGAUAUAAGCUAUUGUGGAAGCUCCCAAAUGCCCCCCCCACACUCCCCUCCUCCGCCUUCCACUUUUAGCCCAAGGAUGAGGUAUGAUAACAUACAGAGAGAGAGAAAGAGAGAGAGGGAGAAAAGAGACGGCAAGAUGAGAAGGACAAAGUGAAAGGACAGUGGAGCAUAAAGAUAAAGUCGGGGAUGAGAGAAGAAGGGAGAGAUGAGGAGACGGCAAGAAUGUAGAAGGAAAGAAGGAAGGGAAAUGAAAGGGAGGAAGAGGAGGACACGAAGGAGGAGGAGGGAGGUAGGGUAAUUAGGGCUGUUUCCUGAUUAAGAGCUCAGUGGAUGGGAGGCCCCCAGAAGAGGUGCAGAGCUGCACUGUGGGAGCACCAGCCAGGAGCACUGAUACCACACAAUCGAUUCAUUAGCCAGACAGUGGAAGCCUUAAUGAGGCUGACGCCGCAGCUCACUUUCCCCAGUGAGAGGUGUCAGGAGCUGGGGAACGAUGACGCUCUGAGAUGGAGGGGGGCUGCUUUAGAUAUCCACACACAAUGACCUACUCACACACACACACACACACACGCUCCUCCCUUGAGAUAAUAGUGGGAAGAGAGAAGCGCACACACACAACACACAGAGCACCCAAUUAAACAUUCAUCGCCGCACUCCCCAUUUCACUGCCUUAAUAUCUAUUUUAUUUUUGUCUGACAAAGGCAGCAUUUAAUGAACGGCAGAGUCAAUGGGAUUCUUCUGGGACCCAGAGACACAAACAGAGAACAUCAGCCGAGCUGCCCCCCCACACCACCACCACCACCACCCCCACCCCUAAUUCCUCUGGAUUGUUCUCCUGACACCGACCGCUGCUCUCACUCUCAUUAGAAGCACUGUCAGCUAGAUGAUGUAGCAGCACUGCAACUUCACCGUAUGGCAAACAUAAAGGGGGGGGGG